UGGACCUGGUGGAGGCGGACCUGAAGGAGAAGAUGGUGGAGGUGGUGGAAAUGGAGAAGUUGGAGGAGGAGGUGGUGGAGGAGCGCCUGGAAAAGUUGGAGGUGGAGCUGGGCCACUACCUCUGUGUGCGGCCGCCGCCGCAGCUGCUUCCCCCACCACCGCCUCCUCCGCCUCCUCAUCAUCGCUGUGGCAGAGGCUGCUGCUGCUACGGCUUCUGUCUGAGUCGGAGGCGGCCUCUCGCAGGCGCCGGCGGAAGGAGGUGGCACUGAUGAGGAGGACGAGGAGGAGGACGAGGAGGAGGAUAGCGGACGGGGGGGGCAUCGACGCUGUCGUCGAGCUGCUGAGGAACGCCAAGAGGGUCGUGGUGCUCACGGGAGCCGGGGUCUCAGUCUCGUGUGGCAUUCCGGAUUUCCGGUCUCCCGGCUCCGGCCUCUUCUCCCGGAUUCACGCCGAGUUCCCCGACCUGCGUGACCCCCAGGCUCUCUUCGACCUCCAGCACUUCACCUCCGAUCCGCGACCUUUCUACAAGUUUGCCAGGGAGAUGUUUCCUGGGCGCUUCUCUCCCUCCCUGAGUCACCGUUUCGUCGCACAGUUGGAGAAAGAGGGGCAACUGCUAAGGAACUACAGCCAGAACAUCGACGGCCUGGAGACGCAGGCCGGCGUGACGCGGGUGAUUCAGUGCCAUGGCUCGUUUGACUGGGCCUCGUGUCUAGUUUGUGGACACAAAGUGUCAAGCGACGACAUCCGCGACGACGUGGAGAGACAGCGGGUCCCCUUGUGCCCCGUGUGCCCCCCGUCCGAGCGGGGGGCCGUGCUCAAGCCCGGGGUGAUUUUCUUCGGGGAGAAUCUUCCCCCCCAAUUCCACCGAGCAGUUCGGAGCGACCGCGAGAGCGGCGCCGACCUCCUGCUCACCAUGGGCUCCUCACUGAGAGUGAGGCCUGUGGCUCUCAUACCCAGCUGGCUGGCCCCCUGCGUGCCCCGCGUGCUCAUUAACCGCGAGCCUCUCCCCCAUUUUGGGGCCACCCCCUUCGACGUGGAGCUGCUGGGGGAUUGUGACGCCGUGGUGGGGGAGCUCUGCCUGCGUCUGGGGGGUGCCUGGGCCCGGCUCUGCCCCCCCGGGGCGCAGACGCUUUGGCAACGGACGCACAGGCAGGGGGAGAAGCAGGCGGAGAAGCAAGAGAAGAAGCAGGGGGAGAAGCAGGAGCAGGGGGAGAAGCAGGAGAAGCAAGGGGAGAAGCAGGAGAAGCAGGGGGAGAAGGAGAAGCAGGAGAAGCAAGGGUGGUGA